CCUCGUGAUUGAAGAACAUUUUUUUUUUUUUUGUUUCCACAAAGAAAAAUGCAUUGUUCUCUCUCCUAUCUCCUGUCUUCCGAGCGAUCGUCUGUCUUUAUAAUAACUGUUAAUGCAUUUAAUUGUGUUUUAAAUGUUUUAGCUCUACUCAGACUAUGUAGCAUUGUUGUUUGGGACACUGAAAUACUAGCAUCAUUACAUUUGAUCUUUUGAUAUCAGAUUGGGAAUUGGAAAUCAAAUAUACAUACUGUACUUUUGCAACUAAAACUGUACAUUUGCUAGAUCCGUCUGUUUUACAGUCUUUGAAAUGUGUAUUAAUAUUUUGUUUUAUUUAUUAUCUUUUUUUUUUUUACACUUAAAAUACGCUUCCUUUAAUGUCACAAACGUUCGCCCGUGUAAAUUUAUAUAAAUAUUUUCAAAUCUCAUCAGAAAUUGUUACACUGUAAAAAACAAAAAAAUAAAUAAAAUAAAAAAAAAUGCAUACAAGACUUUGAACCACAUUUCAUACAGUUUAAAAACCUUUGCACUUUCAUUCACCGUGGACCGAUUAUUCCUUUGUCCGGACUGAGGUCUCCACAGGGGAGGGUCGCUGGUGUCCAUCGGGCAGAAGAGUGAAGAAGCAGCAGCUGCCUGGGUUUGUGUGGGUCACUGUUCUCCUCCACAGAGUCUCAGAAAAGCAGUGAUCAGCACAAACCCAGGCAGAUGCCUCUUCUCUCCUUUCACUCUGAAGGGUGAAUCAGACCGAUCGACCCCAGCGACCCUCACCUGAUUUCUGUGGAGAGUUCAGUCCAUCUAACACUCGACACAUGCAGUGCUGCUUUUUAUAUAUAUAUAUAUAUAUAUAUAUAUAUAAAACAAUAAAAUUCCCAGAUUGGAGUUUUGUAUCGGUUUUAUUGUCAGUGUAUUGUGAAAUAAAAAUGAUACGGUCUGAACUUCAGAACGAAUGUGAAAACUGACUGACUGCUUCAUUUCAAACAGAAAGUAAAAAGUUACUUACGAAGUGUUGUUGCUAACUUGAAAUAUACACCUGUAAACAAAUAAAAGGGGGUUAGUAAGCAAAUUUUCUGUUAAGUAAUUGAGAUUUCGGGUGGAAUGAAAACCAGCAGACACAGGGAAUCCUCGGUUUUAAAGGCAGUUCAACACAUUAGCAAAGAAAAUGUAUUUGUAAGUGAAAAUUGUUCAAGUCUCCACUAGAUGGCGCUGUAGGUCUUAAUUCCCUGUACAUUAAAAAAAGCGAGCCUCAGAACUUUGGCAAGGGCAAGGGAGUUCUGGAACCUUGCGAGCUGGGAUGAAGUCAUUGAUGUGUGGGGAAGAUUACCUCAUUCUCUGAGGAUAACCCGUGUAACCCUUUACAAGAGAAGUGCAAUGCGAUAUAGACUGCAUACCCCAUCGCAGCGCCCGAAUCAGUACAACACAAACGCAGCUGCUGGGAAGUGACCUAACUAUCUGCCUGGAGGGGCGGAAGCAUCGCUUUCUGAUUUAUAACCGUUUGUAUUCGGUUCAGUAUGAAAACCAACUAAUGACUAAGGCAAUCAGCGAGGUGCACACCAGCGUUUGACAGUCAAAAGUAUGAACCACAGGCUGCUCUUCCCUAUAAACGGUGGAAUAUGUGCUUUUAUAAAAAGGAACCUUCGAACUACAUUCCCCUGCCACAUUCCAUGAGAUCCCGACCUUCACCCUUCCCUGCGAGGAGCAAUCGGAGCGCCAGAUGAAAGAAGGGAUUAUUCCCAGUGGGGGAAAAGGGGGGUCUUCCACAUUUGUUUUCCUAAGGAUCACUGCACACAAUUGCCUCGCUGGAGUCCCUUAUGAAGGGAAGUUUAGCAAAGUGUAGUUCCUGCUUCCAUUUCAGGAUCAGAUUCAUUAAAUCAGUACAAUUGUGCUCAUAAAUAUUAUAAUAUAUAAUAUCCACAGUGGUUGAAUCAAUUCCGCUGCCUAGCACUGCUUACAAAUUAAUGGGAGGCUGGUUCUUUCUGAUGCUAGUUAUAAAGAUCAACAUUAAUUGAUUAGUCUCACAACCAGAUUUCCUUUCUGCUAAAGAGGUCUAGCUAGUAGAGCUCAGCUUAUCUCUAUUUUUGACUUUUUAAGGGAAGAACUUAAUCUACGGGAAGGCUGGGAUCUGAUUCCAGUGGGGAAAAAAACACCCACACAAAAUAAAAAAAAAACAAUUCUGGGUAACAGCGUCAAAACCAAGAAGAUGCCGGCUAAGAUCCCAAUCUACUUGAAAACCUCCACCCCAAAGCAGGGCAAGAAACUGAAGCUGCGGGAUGUCCUGUCCGGUGAUAUGAUCAGCCCCCCUCUGGGUGAUUUCCGUCACAGUGCCCACGUGGGGCCAGCAGGGGAGGAGGACAUGUUUGGGGAUGUGAGCUUCAUGAAGGGCAAGCUGGAUCUGCUUCCAGAGACGGGCAGGAGGGCCAGCGAGGAGGCAGCCCAGGGCAGGACCCUCAGAGACGGGUUCCCGGCCAGGAAAAAGAACCACAGUGGCUCCCUGCUCAAGAGCGCCGUCUCCCUGCCCGCCUUUGGACAGGAGCAGCCUCCGCCCAAGCCUCCCAGGCUGCACCUGGGCGAUUGCCCAGGCCAGAGGUGCAUGUCGGUGAGCCACUCUGCGGAGACUGGGGUCUGCUUCCGUGGAGACGAGGAGCUGAGCUACCCGGCUGGUUUCGGACACCUGCUGGCCUCCUCCGGCUCGCUCUCCGAGAGUUCCUCCUCCGGCUCCGAGGAGAUGGGGGCAGGCUGCUCCCGCUAUGGGCCCUUGGGCCCCAGCAGGGGGCUGAGUCUCGACUCGGACGCAGGCCUCAGCAACGAGGACCUGCUGAGCGAGAUCAGAGAGCCCGCCGGCGUCCCCAAGUCAGAGUCUGUCUUCGGGAUGGAUCUGGACCUGGGACCGUCCAUCCUGGAAGACGUACUGAGGAUUAUGGACGCCUAUAAGUUGCGGGACGGGCAACGGGAACUGUAGACGGGACAUCCGAACCUCCCCUUUGGGGGGUGAAUGAUCGAAAAUUGUCUUUUCGCUUGACAAACUCAGCAUUAGUGUUUUUAAUCACAUAACAAAACAAAAAAAAACCCUGUUAACAGUUUUCUGUUGUGUAUUGUGUAUUAUAUAUAAGUAUUUAUUAAAGGCGUUUGUUGCUGGCUCCCAUCACCUGCAGGUUGCAUCCACGACGAUCAUGCUUAUAGUGACAUCUAGUGGUGGGUAAGGGGAAGUGCAGCGUGCUUAUCUCUGUGUGCUUCUGCUUUCAUCUGAGCUGUGAAACAAAAUUAAAUGUUGUAAACAAAAUAUAAAUCUGUAAACCUGGAAAGGAAAACUUAGGAGCACUUUUUAAAAAGUUCUUUAUUUUUUUUUUUGGGUGGGGGGAGCUUGAAAAGGAUGUUGUUCUGUCUGUAUGAUGUAGCAAAUGAUAGCAGUCUCAGUUUUUGUAAUGUUAAAAGGUUGCGUUAUCUGGGUUCUGACAGCUUUGUAUUGUGUUGUGUUGUAAUAAAUUGUACUGUAUACAUUUCACCUCAAUGUGAAUAGGGGAGAAACAUCUUUUUUUGUGUCUGUGGGUUUCCUUAACUAAAUA